GUCCUGGAACUCGCUCUGUAGACCAGGCUGGCCUCGAACUCAGAAAUUGCCUGCCUCUGCCUCUGCCUCCCAGAGUGCUAGGAUUACAGGCGUGCGCCACCACCGCCCGGCCCAAUCACCUUCAUCUUAAGAACCUCCCGAUCUUCCCAAAAGAAAACGAAAGUAUUUUUUAUCCCUAACCCCCUUUCAUGCCCAGCCCGGGACAGACGUUCUCACACUAGGGACUUCACACAACUGAAAACACGAAGUGUGUGUGUUUCACUUGCUGUAAAAAGCUGGGCGUGGUACAUACCUUUAAUCCUGGUACUUAGAGGCUAAGGCAGAUGGAUCUCUCUGAAUUCGAGGCCAGCAAAGACUAUAAAAAGACCAUUUGAAUGUCUGGUACCUGUGGAAGUCAGAGAGGAUGUCACGUUUGUGUGACACUAUGUGGGUGCACCUCUCUCCAGUCCCAUACUGUAACAUUCUAUGACUUAUCCAUAUUGUAGUACAAUUUGGCAUCUCAUGCCUCAUAUUCCGUCUAAUGGAAUUUUAUUUACCAUUCAUUCUUCAAUCCGUGAUAAUGGUGCCUUAGAUAAAACUCAUUGGCUGUGCACCCUUAAAUUGUUUGAACCUUUGGUCUAAAAUAAUGCGCUGAUAUUGUCGCUCAUGUAUCGGUUUGAGUUCCUGUUUUCAAUUUAAAAUUUUUGUUUGUUUGUUUUUUUGGAUUUUUGGAUUUGUUUUUUUCUGAGACAGGGUUUCUCUGUAUAGACCUGGCUGUCCUGGAACUUACUCUGUAGACCAGGCUGGCCUCGAACUCAGAAAUCCGCCUGCCUUUGCCUCGCCUCCCAAAGUGCUGGGAUUACAGGCGUGCGCCACCACCGCCCGGCUUAAAAAAUUUUUUUUAUUAAAUUUAUUUGUGUGUGUAAGUGUGCCUAGGUCAGAGGACAACUUGUGGGAGGUAGGGGAGGUAGUUCUCUCCUUCCACCACGUGGGUUCAGGGGAGGCUUGGGAGCAAUCACUCUUACCCACAAUCCAUCUCACCAGUUCCCCCCCUCAAUUGUUUGGGGGUAUAUACUAGUAGUGGAGUUGCUGGCUCAUAGGAAUUCUAUGUUUAAUUCUAAGUGAAGAUUUUUGUUUGUUUGUUUGAUGCUUUGAGACAAGGUCUCGCCAUGUCGCCCUGGCUGGCCUGGAAUUUGCUAUGUCUUCAAACUCAUAAAGAUCCUUAGCCUUCCCAGUGUUGAAGACUAAAGCCUCCAAACUAGCUUCAAUACCUUUUUGUGGUAUAAGAAAUUAAAUCCACCGAUGGUAUAUGGAGGGCGUCCUAACCCUUCUGUGAAAGGACUUUAAUUCUGAGGAGAGAGGCUACAAAGGCUUUGUUACCCAGUAAUGCUGGUGCACAUGAAAUGGGAAGUAAUUUCUCUGCCUUGUUUUAACUUUGGCAAGUAGAAAGCUGUCCAAACCCUGUGUCUGAACUUCUUUCCUGAGGAAUAUUUUUCCCUUUUAUCUUGACCUUUGCUACUCAUUAAAAUUCAAGAGUAGCAGGGCAUGGUGGUGGACACCUUUGAUCCCAGCACCUAUGAGGCAGAGGCAGGCAGAUUUCUGAGAUUGAGGCCAGCCUGGUCUACAGAGUGAGUUCAUUCUAAAUGAAAUGAACAUCACAGAUAGAGCCUGUCUGGGACUUAGGACAUGUAUGCUUCCAGGUCCAAAGCCUCCUGUUCUGGAGAUCAUAGUUUAUCUCACAGGGAGGGGAAGUCGCCUUCAGAGAGUGAAGACAGAAGACAGCAGGGAAAAACAGAACUUUCUUCCUCCAUAGCUCCCAACUAUAAUGAGCCACCUAAUCAGCUAUUGAAUGGGACAAAGGGUCCUUAGGCAGGUUACAAGGUCCCUGCCACUUCACAUUCUAAAAAGUACACACUCAGUGAUGUCAGAUUUGAAAGUAAUGUUAUGGAGUGGCAGAUUUUGCUGGCUUUACCUCAGGGGAGGCCCAAAUACGGGUAAACAGAUAGAGUCCCAGGCCUCUCUUUAAACCAAUGAUGUCAGAAUCCUGAACCGGACAAGGCAGCCUGGAUAGGUGUAGGCUGAAAGACAGCCAGGGUCAAGAGUGAGGUCUAAGCCAGCCUGGGCUGUGGAGUAACACUGUCAUAACAAACAAUCAGAACAACCACAACCGUAACAACAAAAACCAAAUAAUUAACAACAACAACAACAACAAUAAAAUAACCAAAGCAGAACAAAAAUCUGGAAGUGAGACCCGGUCACUGUAUUGCUCAUGUAUUUAAUAAAAACACAAGAAAUAGUGUUGAGGAGCCGAGGUGGUGCACACCUGUGAUUCCAGCAACCAGAAGGUGGAGGCAGGAGGACGAGGAACUGAAGAUCAUCCUCAGCUACCAUAUUCAGUAGUGAAUUUGAGGCCAAUCUGGGAUAAGUGAGACUCUGCACCCACAUGGCCGGUCACAACCGGCUGUUGCUCAAGUCCCAGGCAUCUGACGCCCUCUUCUGGCCUUCAGGAGCUCCUAUAUGCAUUUAGGCAUCACUCACACACACAUUAUAAAAAUAAAAAAUCCACUUUUAAAAGCGUCUUUGGUGGAGAAAUGCCCGAUAGUGUGAACUCAGGCGUAACCAGGACGAGGUUAACGCGCUGCCACUGAGCUAUAGCCCCAGUCCUCUUACAGUAUUAUUUUGAGACCGAGGUUUCCACUAAGUUACCCAGCCUUGAACUCGUGAUUCUUCAGCCUCAGCCUACUGAGUAGCAGAGAUUAUUGUUCUGUUCUUUAAGAGAGCGAAUUUCUAAAUUAGGGCUGUUUGGAUCCUAUUUUGCACGCAGGACAUGGGAACUAUUAACCACUUCUUUGUGGGACACGGUGGCAGAAGCCUCUAAUCCCAGCACUUGGGAGGUGGAGCUAGGAGGAUCAGGAAUUUGCAGUCAAACCAGGCUACGUGAGACCCUCUCUCAGCAAACACCACCACCCAGAACAAACAAAACAAACAAACAAAAAAAAAACCUCAAAUGCAAUCAUUGCCUCAGGUGUUAACAGAAUACUCGGAACAUUAACUGAGUUGAGCAGGAAAGACAGACGGAAGUCGGUGGAGUAGCGCCGUAGAACCUUGGUGUGGGAGACACGUAGGAUUCUGGGACUUGUAGUCUUCUUCCAAUUAUAUCGGCUCCGUGGACUACACUUCCCAAGAUGCACACAUAACAAGCUAGUCCCACUGCUGGGUGAGAAGAAUGAGUGGAUUGACUCUCAGGCCGACACAGGGCCGUUGGAUCACCCACCUCGGCCGGCCACGUUCUCAUGGAUCCACCGGGUUAUUUGUGCCGCCCAGCCCUCCUUUGGACCCUGAAAAGAUUAAAGAGUUACAGCGCUUCAUUAGCCUUUCCAAGAGACUGCUAGUGAUGACGGGCGCGGGAAUCUCCACCGAGUCGGGGAUCCCAGACUACAGGUCAGAAAAGGUGGGACUUUACGCCCGCACUGACCGGAGACCCAUCCAGCACAUUGAUUUUAUCCGCAGUGCUCCGGUCCGCCAGCGGUACUGGGCCCGAAACUUUGUGGGCUGGCCUCAGUUCUCUUCUCACCAGCCCAACCCAGCACACUGGGCCCUGAGCAACUGGGAGAAACUUGGGAAGCUGCACUGGUUGGUGACCCAGAACGUGGACGCUUUGCAUUCCAAGGCGGGGAAUCAGCGGCUGACGGAGCUCCACGGCUGCAUGCACAGAGUCCUGUGCCUGAACUGUGGGGAGCAGACUGCCCGCAGGGUGCUUCAGGAACGCUUCCAAGCCCUGAACCCCAGCUGGAGCGCAGAGGCGCAGGGCGUGGCCCCUGAUGGCGAUGUGUUCCUCACUGAGGAGCAGGUCCGGAGUUUUCGAGUCCCGUGCUGUGAUCGAUGCGGCGGCCCUCUGAAACCGGACGUCGUUUUCUUUGGGGACACAGUGAACCCAGACAAGGUUGACUUUGUGCACCGGCGUGUGAAAGAGGCCGACUCCCUGCUGGUGGUGGGAUCAUCCCUGCAGGUGUACUCCGGUUACAGGUUCAUCCUCACUGCCCGGGAGAAGAAGCUCCCAAUCGCCAUUCUGAACAUCGGACCCACACGAUCUGAUGAUCUCGCCUGCCUCAAGCUGGAUUCCCGCUGUGGAGAGUUGCUGCCCUUAAUAGACCCACAGAGGCAGCACUCUGAUGUUCAAAGGCUGGAAAUGGACUUUCCCGAGUCCCGCUGCUAAUGAUCCCUAAGGAUUCCCGUUUCCCCUCCAACUAGUGGAAGCUUACUGACUGCGUCCUAUAGAGGUGCCCUGCACCCUCCUGUUCACAGAGAUGAGAGCUGCCCCCCAAAGAAAGACUCUUUCAAAGAAGUAGCUGCUCCUGAUGGAGUAGCUGUGUUGCUUUUAGGUCACCAGGAAGAAGGAUCAGCCAGAAGCCCCCAAACCACAAUAGUCUGUGAGGGGCAGCAUGACAAUCUCACUCAUUCAGAGAUAACCAGAAGGCCAUUUAUAAUUCAUUCAUAAUCCCAAAUGGCUGUGUCUGACUGACGCACUUUGAUAUUUCUGAUGACUCAGGCAAUAUAGCAAACAUGAAUUUUUUUAUUAAUGAAAUAAUAAAUUAUU